AUGAGCCUUUCUUGCUCUUCGCCACCGCAAUCUGCCGUCCUGGCUUUCCCAGCUUCUCCUACCUUCGAUAGCAAACAAUCUCAGCAUCUUGAACAUAGCACUUCAGCCGGUACUCUCUGUGACACCGUACCGAACACUCCGGUCUCUUCUCGUCAAGCGCCACCUACACCGCCAGAUUCAGAUUCGUCGUCGCGCAAUAAUACCCUCACUAGUAGUACUUCAUUUUCUUCAUCUCAGCCCAACCAUUCUCUGUCUCCGUCUCAAAACUUUAUCGUCAGCAGUCCUAAUUCUUCGCAUUCUAAUACUAUCUCCAUGUCUACAAAUCAUGUUGUCACCAGACCAAAUAAUCCGUCCCUCAAGCUACAGGAAAAUGGUACGGCUUCAUCUUACAACCUUUCUACCGCAGUUUCAUCCAACUCUCGUGAGGUUUUAUUUUAUCUCACCUCUUAUCCUACAGGCUUGCAAUUUUCGUAUGACCACAUGUUUCCUGACUCGAGCGACUCACAGUCGUCGUUGAGUCCCGAGAUGCCUUCCCAGGGCCUUCCUAGCGCGUCUCGCGCAUCACACCGUACCCCAAAUGUGUACAUAAAUGGACUGCCCCCUCAUUUUCCAGAGCAGGAGCUCUUUGCUCUCACUCGCCCAUUUGGCGAGGUGAAGAGUGUGAGGUCGUUUACGAGACAUGUAAGCGAGAAACCAACAGGAUAUGGCUUCGUACUGUUCAGCGACGUCGAUUCAGCAGAAAAAUGUAUUGAGGGUCUUCGUAAAUAUCGCAAUCUACAUCCGUCGUUCUCAAAGCAAAUUCAUCGUAUACCUGGCACAGUGUACGCCCAGCAAAGCCCCUCUCAGAUAGAGCACGAUGAAGAUUCUUUCAAAGCUCGUAUGGAAAAACUGAAAGAUGGGUUAUCUACCAACCUAUACAUAGAGGGCCUUCCGCUCUCUAUUGAUGAAGAGAGCCUUGCCGCUUUGGUGCAUCCUUACACCAUCAAGAGCAGCCGCUUCUUUAAAACGAAGCUGAGCGAACCCCCACGUAUAAUAGCUUUCGUUCGACUUGAGACUCGUACAGCUGCAGAAGAUACCAUCGAACGCUUGCAUGGUCGGAUGGUCCGUGGAUGGAAUGACCCUGGAUGCAGGAUUUCUGUCCGUUUUGCCGACAGUGCCGAACAACGGGAGCUAAGGCGAUCAGAGAGAGUGACCAAGAAUGGGGACCAGUCUCCGGCCCGUUUGACGAUCGCUCAAGCGGCUCUUCUCAACCUUCGUGGUCAAGAGCUCCAAGCUCACGCCCGCAAGGCCCAAGUAAAUCGUGUCCGUGACAUCCCCAUCAUUGGUCAACUUCGUGACGAGAUUUCCUUAUCAAGUGUUCAUCACUCCUAUCCAAACCUGAAUCUCGCUUCCGUGUCAGCAGGGAGCAUUCCCGUAUCUACAUCGCUGCCUGGGCAUCUUGGUUAUCGGUACGACUUUUCCCCGUCGACUAGGUACCAGGACCUUUCAUCGAACCCCUACACCGAUGACCUUCUGCACUCACUGCAGCAAAACCUGAAUUUGGCAGACGCUUACACAGUGCCGACACUUGAUCAAGAGCAUGAUGCUCAGCGUGCCCAUCUUCAAGCCCUCGCAAGUGCAACGCUAUACACGGCUAGCGCGCAGCCGUCUAUACAACAGCAUCGCAGCCAGAUACAAGCAAGGAAUGGUUUCACUCCCGCCGAGGAGCUCAUCCUCCAGGCUCAUGCAAGGAUACGUGAACAACAGUAUCAGCAUUUGCAGAAACAACAGCAAUUCGUGGACCCGCGCGACUCCACUCUUCCUCGGCGCGUCCACUCAUCUGGACGAAUAGAAUCCGGAAGCAAGCUCAACGCGAACGCGCAGGUAUUCCACGCUCCCGAGCAGAUCGCCGCUUAUCCGCUCACUGGUCGAGCCCUGGGUGGGGCGAGCCGGUCGAAGUUUUUGGGCGACUCUCUACCGCCAAUCUCGGAAGACGACUUCCAUGCUCUCGGUCAACAACAGCCGGAAUCUGGGUCAUAUUACGAGCAUCUCCGCACCCAUUAUCAGGAGGAGCUGCAUUUCCGCGGCGACGCUGGCAACGUUGGGAUGACAAAACCGCCCAGUCGUGCCAUUGAAAUUGUUGCGCCACCUCAGCAUCUUGAUUCCAAGUGUUCUCCUUUGCAGUCGCACCAUCGCUCUCAGUUUUCUUCGCGUUCGCACCUUUCUCUGCGGCAGCAAGCCCAAGCCGCUAGCACUCUCCCUCGAUCCCCGCUUGCGUCGCAUUCAUCUCAGCACAGUUAUCAGCACACAGACAGUCGCUCCAAUAACCUAAACAGCACUCUCACUACGUCUAGUACCAACGAUAAGUCCGACAGAAGUCCUCAGAACUAUCUUCAUUCGCCACAAGCAUCCCAAUCCCGGUCAGAUGAUCAAGAGGACCAUCGCCAUAAUUCUACUUCCGUAUCUUCAAAAGCAUACGUUCCUGCGCAGAAGUCGCCGUCUUUGGCCCAACAACUAUCAUUUGACAAUGACAUGAGGUCUCCUACUCUCGUAUCUCCGGCGUUAACUUACUCGUCUCGUACCCCAUCUACACUCAGUCCAGCCACACCUUUCUUCGGAUCAUUUGGUGGCAGCCCAGAGACCUUCGAGUACACGCCGGACGAUGGUGAGAUGGUGGAGAAGGUGAAGGUUGGGUCAGGUACGCACUAGCUAGCUCACCGUUCUCGUCCAGUGACAGUUUCCGGUCCAUGUUGUUUUCUCAUGUGACGAUCACAAUACUCUUUAGCAUGAUGUGGUGUACGAGUUUGUCUUUCGUUUUCGUUUAAUGUUCCCGGAUAAGUAUAUUUUGAUAACCAUUAUGCGAGAGUACGAAUAGUUUUGUACCUACCUACGCACUUUUAAAUAUUU